AUGACCGCGGGCGAGUCCACUACGGCUGCUGGAGGCAACAUUGGUGUGACCGCGGGCGGCGGCGUCACCAUACUGAGCGGCGCCGGCACGGCGACAUCGAGCGGCGCCGUGAGCGUGAAGUCUGCAAACGCCGGUACGAGCGGCGUGAGCGGCUCAAUGACUUUGGCUACCGGGACGACGGUUGCUGGAGUGUCGGGAGCACUCACGAUGGACACGGGCAGCACUACCGCCGGCGGCAACUCGGGGUCUGUUGCCGUGACCACGGGCGGUUCCACUGGUGGUGCUGGCGGCGCUUUCAGCGUGACCGUCGGCACCGGAGACACCGGCGCAGGCGGCGCCAUCGGUAUGACCGCGGGCCGGGGCAAAACAGUCGGCGGCGGCGUGACCGUGACCGGCGGCAUCGGCGAUACGUCCACAGGCGGCGACGUCACCGUGGUGAGCGGCGCCGGCACGACAACAUCGAGCGGCGCCGUGAGCGUGAAGUCUGCAAACGCCGGCACGAGCGGCGUGAGCGGCUCCAUGACUUUGGCGACCGGGUCGACGGUUGCUGGAGUGUCGGGAGCGUUCACGCUGGCAACGGGUACUGCCGCCGGCGGCAACUCGGGGUCUGUUGCCGUGACGACUGGCGGUGCGAGUGCUAGCGGCACUGGUGGCGCUUUCACCGUGGUCGUUGGCUCAGGCGACACCGGCACAGGCGGCGACAUCGGCCUGACCGCGGGCUUGUCCAGUGCGGCCGCGGGAGGUGCCGUGGGCGUGACCGCGGGCCGGGGCAAAACAGUCGGCGGCGGCGUGACCGUGACCGGCGGCGUAGGCGAUACGUCCACAGGCGGCGACGUCACCGUGGUGAGCGGCGCCGGCACGACAACAUCGAGCGGCGCCGUGAGCGUGAAGUCUGCAAACGCCGGCACGAGCGGCGUGAGCGGCUCCAUGACUUUGGCGACCGGGUCGACGGUUGCUGGAGUGUCGGGAGCGUUCAAGAUUGACACGGGCAGCACUACCGCCGGCGGCAACUCGGGGUCUGUUGCCGUGACCACGGGCGGAUCCGCUGGUGGUGCUGGCGGCGCUUUCAGCGUGACCGUCGGCACCGGAGACACCGGCGCGGGUGGCGCCAUCGGUAUGACCGCGGGCCGGGGCAAAACGGUCGGCGGCGGCGUGACCGUGACCGGCGGCAUCGGCGAUACGUCCACAGGCGGCGACGUCACCGUGGUGAGCGGCGCCGGCACGACAACAUCGAGCGGCGCCGUGAGCGUGAAGUCUGCAAACGCCGGUACGAGCGGCGUGAGCGGCUCCAUGACUUUGGCGACCGGGUCGACGGUUGCUGGAGUGUCGGGAGCGUUCAAGAUUGACACGGGCAGCACUACCGCCGGCGGCAACUCGGGGUCUGUUGCCGUGACCACGGGCGGAUCCGCUGGUGGUGCUGGCGGCGCUUUCAGCGUGACCGUCGGCACCGGAGACACCGGCGCGGGCGGCGCCAUCGGUAUGACCGCGGGCCGGGGCAAAACAGUCGGCGGCGGCGUGACCGUGACCGGCGGCAUCGGCGACACUUCGACUGGCGGCGACGUCACCAUAUCGAGCGGCGCCGGCACGACAACAUCGAGCGGCGCCGUGAGCGUGAAGUCUGCAAACGCCGGUACGAGCGGCGUGAGCGGCUCCAUGACUUUGGCGACCGGGUCGACGGUUGCUGGAGUGUCGGGAGCGUUCAAGAUUGACACGGGCAGCACUACCGCCGGCGGCAACUCGGGGUCUGUUGCCGUGACCACGGGCGGAUCCGCUGGUGGUGCUGGCGGCGCUUUCAGCGUGACCGUCGGCACCGGAGACACCGGCGCGGGCGGCGCCAUCGGUAUGACCGCGGGCCGGGGCAAAACAGUCGGCGGCGGCGUGACCGUGACCGGCGGCAUCGGCGACACUUCGACAGGCGGCGACGUCACCGUGGUGAGCGGCGUCGGCACGACAACAUCGAGCGGCGCCGUGAGCGUGAAGUCUGCAAACGCCGGUACGAGCGGCGUGAGCGGCUCCAUGACUUUGGCGACCGGGACGACGGUUGCUGGAGUGUCGGGAGCGUUCACGAUGGACACGGGUACUGCCGCCGGCGGCAACUCGGGGUCUGUUGCCGUGACGACUGGCGGUGCGAGUGCUAGCGGCACUGGUGGCGCUUUCACCGUGGUCGUUGGCUCAGGCGACACCGGCACAGGCGGCGACAUCGGCCUGACCGCGGGCUUGUCCAGUGCGGCCGCGGGAGGUGCCGUGGGCGUGACUGCGGGCCGGGGCAAAACAGUCGGCGGCGGCGUGACCGUGACCGGCGGCAUCGGCGAUACGUCCACAGGCGGCGACGUCACCGUGGUGAGCGGCGCCGGCACGACAACAUCGAGCGGCGCCGUGAGCGUGAAGUCUGCAAACGCCGGCACGAGCGGCGUGAGCGGCUCCAUGACUUUGGCGACCGGGUCGACGGUUGCUGGAGUGUCGGGAGCGUUCAAGAUUGACACGGGCAGCACUACCGCCGGCGGCAACUCGGGGUCUGUUGCCGUGACCACGGGCGGAUCCGCUGGUGGUGCUGGCGGCGCUUUCAGCGUGACCGUCGGCACCGGAGACACCGGCGCAGGCGGCGCCAUCGGUAUGACCGCGGGCCGGGGCAAAACGGUCGGCGGCGGCGUGACCGUGACCGGCGGCAUCGGCGAUACGUCCACAGGCGGCGACGUCACCGUGGUGAGCGGCGCCGGCACGACAACAUCGAGCGGCGCCGUGAGCGUGAAGUCUGCAAACGCCGGCACGAGCGGCGUGAGCGGCUCCAUGACUUUGGCGACCGGGUCGACGGUUGCUGGAGUGUCGGGAGCGUUCACGAUGAAUACGGGCACUGCCGCCGGCGGCAACUCGGGGUCUGUUGCCGUGACCACAGGCGGUUCUACUGGUGGUGCUGGCGGCGCUUUCAGCGUGGCUGUUGGCAUCGGUAAUACGGGCACGGGCGGCGGCAUCACCUUGUCCGCUGGCAAAGCCCCUGUUGGUGGCGCUGUCAAAAUUACUGCAGGUGAGGGUUCUACCACCUCUGGCGGGAACCUCGUCCUUGCGAGCGGUGAUGGCGUGUCGUUGAGCGGCGCGGUGAGCAUCAGCUCCGGGGAUGCGUCCACUGGCAGAAGCGGUGAAGUCAUCAUUGCCACGGGCCUUUCACCCGGUGGUAAAGCUGGGGAUAUCAGCUUGACUGUUGGGGGGACUACGUCGGGCGUGGGCGGUGACGUGAGCAUCUCUGCCGGCGCGACAUCGGACACCACGAAAGCCGGAGGGCAGGUCGACAUCGUUUCAGGCAGAGGCGAGACCUCGAGCGGAACGAUGCACGUGCACACGGGUGAUUCAAAAGCAAACGGAGUGAGCGGGGCGAUGACCCUCCAGACCGGGACGUCGCUCGCAGGAGCAUCCGGCAAGUUAAAGCUCAACACGGGCACUGCCACCAGUGGGUCUUCAGGUGAAAUCGACAUCGACACAGGCGUUUCCACUGGUGGUGCUGGCGGCGCUUUCAGCGUGACCGUCGGCACUGGAGACACCGGCGCAGGCGGCGCCAUCGGUAUGACCGCGGGCCGGGGCAAAACAGUCGGCGGCGGCGUGACCGUGACCGGCGGCAUCGGCGAUACGUCCACAGGCGGCGACGUCACCGUGGUGAGCGGCGCCGGCACGACAACAUCGAGCGGCGCCGUGAGCGUGAAGUCUGCAAACGCCGGCACGAGCGGCGUGAGCGGCUCCAUGACUUUGGCGACCGGGUCGACGGUUGCUGGAGUGUCGGGAGCGUUCAAGAUUGACACGGGCAGCACUACCGCCGGCGGCAACUCGGGGUCUGUUGCCGUGACCACGGGCGGAUCCGCUGGUGGUGCUGGCGGCGCUUUCAGCGUGACCGUCGGCACCGGAGACACCGGCGCAGGCGGCGCCAUCGGUAUGACCGCGGGCCGGGGCAAAACGGUCGGCGGCGGCGUGACCGUGACCGGCGGCAUCGGCGAUACGUCCACAGGCGGCGACGUCACCGUGGUGAGCGGCGCCGGCACGACAACAUCGAGCGGCGCCGUGAGCGUGAAGUCUGCAAACGCCGGCACGAGCGGCGUGAGCGGCUCCAUGACUUUGGCGACCGGGUCGACGGUUGCUGGAGUGUCGGGAGCGUUCAAGAUUGACACGGGCAGCACUACCGCCGGCGGCAACUCGGGGUCUGUUGCCGUGACCACGGGCGGAUCCGCUGGUGGUGCUGGCGGCGCUUUCAGCGUGACCGUCGGCACCGGAGACACCGGCGCAGGCGGCGCCAUCGGUAUGACCGCGGGCCGGGGCAAAACAGUCGGCGGCGGCGUGACCGUGACCGGCGGCAUCGGCGAUACGUCCACAGGCGGCGACGUCACCGUGGUGAGCGGCGCCGGCACGACAACAUCGAGCGGCGCCGUGAGCGUGAAGUCUGCAAACGCCGGCACGAGCGGCGUGAGCGGCUCCAUGACUUUGGCGACCGGGUCGACGGUUGCUGGAGUGUCGGGAGCGUUCAAGAUUGACACGGGCAGCACUACCACCGGCGGCAACUCGGGGUCUGUUGCCGUGACCACGGGCGGAUCCGCUGGUGGUGCUGGCGGCGCUUUCAGCGUGACCGUCGGCACCGGAGACACCGGCGCAGGCGGCGCCAUCGGUAUGACCGCGGGCCGGGGCAAAACAGUCGGCGGCGGCGUGACCGUGACCGGCGGCAUCGGCGAUACGUCCACAGGCGGCGACGUCACCGUGGUGAGCGGCGCCGGCACGACAACAUCGAGCGGCGCCGUGAGCGUGAAGUCUGCAAACGCCGGCACGAGCGGCGUGAGCGGCUCCAUGACUUUGGCGACCGGGUCGACGGUUGCUGGAGUGUCGGGAGCGUUCAAGAUUGACACGGGCAGCACUACCGCCGGCGGCAACUCGGGGUCUGUUGCCGUGACCACGGGCGGAUCCGCUGGUGGUGCUGGCGGCGCUUUCAGCGUGACCGUCGGCACUGGAGACACCGGCGCGGGCGGCGCCAUCGGUAUGACCGCAGGCCGGGGCAAAACAGUCGGCGGCGGCGUGACCGUGACUGGCGGCAUCGGCGAUACGUCCACAGGCGGCGACGUCACCGUGGUGAGCGGCGCCGGCACGACAACAUCGAGCGGCGCCGUGAGCGUGAAGUCUGCAAACGCCGGUACGAGCGGCGUGAGCGGCUCCAUGACUUUGGCGACCGGGUCGACGGUUGCUGGAGUGUCGGGAGCGUUCAAGAUUGACACGGGCAGCACUACCGCCGGCGGCAACUCGGGGUCUGUUGCCGUGACCACGGGCGGAUCCGCUGGUGGUGCUGGCGGCGCUUUCAGCGUGACCGUCGGCACCGGAGACACCGGCGCAGGCGGCGCCAUCGGUAUGACCGCGGGCCGGGGCAAAACAGUCGGCGGCGGCGUGACCGUGACCGGCGGCAUCGGCGAUACGUCCACAGGCGGCGACGUCACCGUGGUUCGGUGUUGA